AUGGGCGCAGCUGCCAGCAUGAGUGGCCUCCGCACAUUGACUCAUGUGCAGCACUCAGAGCCGGAGCUGCUCGCGCACUGGGAUCCAGCGCCUCCUAGUGCGCGUGUGAAAAGCUACGGUGAGGGACUUGAGGAGAGAGACCCCACAGUCAGCUUCAGUGAUGUCUACAUCUCCAUCCUUCCUCCCAUCUUCAGGCUUCAUGUUCACCGGGACGUUCACAAGGGAACUGUGGGCGCCAAAGCUACAGUCUACCUUAAAAAUUACAGAGGAAGCGAUGUGUUUCCUGCUUGCUGGCGAAUCAUGUGUACUGACAAUAUGGCGGGACAGAAACGUCCAGGGAAGCUGGAGUGUGCAAGAAAUACGUUUUGGUUCUCUUGGUUCUGUGUCGUCUUCAUUAUUUCGACCGUACAUCUACCUAACGUCAGCGCUCAAAGCGAAAGUCGAGUAGUGACAGUCGCUGACGCGAACUGGACCCUUAUUCUGGAGGGGGAGUGGAUGUUAAAAUUCUAUGCCCCGUGGUGCCCGGCAUGCCAGCACAUACAAGCAGACUGGGAGGCAUUAGCCAAAGAGAGUGAGAAUCUCGGGAUUUCGGUUGGAAAGGUUGAUGUUACACAACAGCCAGGCCUGAGUGGGCGUUUUCUGGUAACCACACUACCAACUAUUUUUCAUGCUAAAGAUGGAAGUUUCCGAAGAUACAUGUCAUCUCGGACCAUUGAGGAUAUCCAAGCAUACGUUGUUCAAAAGAAGUGGGAAGCCGUGGAGCCUCUGCCAGGAUGGAAGUCGCCUUCAUCUGUUCUAAUGUCAGGAAUGGCAGGUCUCUUCCGGCUCUCUGUGUGGAUUAGGCAAAUCCACACAUACCUCACUGAUACUCUUGGCAUUCCCUCAUGGGGCUCUUACGUAAUCUUUGCCAUCAUCACUCUGUUCAUGGGACUAGUCCUCGGCCUGAUGUUGGUGUUAAUCGCUGACUGUAUUUGUCCAUCUAGGCCAAAGCGAAAUGAGGAUAAACCUGCGUUGUACGCAAAAGACGAAGGCUCAGAGGAUGAGGUGGACGACACUGUGACGGAGGAGAAGCGCACGUCUGACCUGGACAAUGAGAGUGAACGAGUGUCUGGUGAGGAGUCCACUGAAGAGGAAGGAGGCGCGGUCACAGAGGUUGCAGCGGGCAGCACUGAGGAGCCUCAGACAGAGGCGCCAGCAGAGGGAUCAGUGAGGAAAAGGAAACCUCAGGGGCCUAACAGUCCAGAGGGGACAUAACAUCUCACCACAAACUACUAAUCUGAAAUAUAGUGCAAACCAAAAUAGGGAAGUCCUGCAUCUACAGGGCAGUGCUGAAUGCCAUGCUGUAAGUGCAUAAUGAUCAUUUUCUCCUCUGUGCUAUUUCUUUAGCUGAUUUACGGUAUUGCUUACUUUUUCUCCAGCCCGUCCUGAUCUCUCUCUACAAGCUUUGCUUAUGGAAAAAACAGUAUUGGUUGUGUGUCUUAGGAAAAGCCUUGAAAGUAAGUAUACUUACUUACAAAAUCGUUUGCCAAGAAUUUAUCACCAAACAGGUGACUUAUAUGACUUAAAAAAGAGAAUAUUGUUUAGAAUAAGCAAAAAUUUGGAUAAAUGUUGUAGGUUUUAGGUGUCCAUGUCUUGUAAUACUAAGUGGAAUAUCUUUGUUUACGCUUUUUUUCAUUACAAUAAUGCUUCCAGUUGUUAUUAUUAUUAUUAUUAUUAUUUUAUUUUUUAAUCACUCUAAAGUGCAUGUGUAAUCACAUUCCAGUGGCAGGGCCACAAUAUCACCUAUAGCCACAGUGGAACUGUUUUAGUAACAGUCGUUUCAGAGACAGCACACCCCAGCACAGCUCUGAGGCGACCGACUGAGGGUAUCUAAUGUACAUGGUGGUGAGUGCACUCCCAAUGUGAGGACAAUCAUCAUAAUACAGGUGUUGUCAGAGCAGCUUAACAUGAAGGUCUCAGGAUAUGAAUUUUCACUCUCUGGAUUGUUCUUUAUCUGGAAAUGAAGAAUAUAUAAACAAAAAUAAAUAUAGGUAGAUAUCUGUUUAUAGAAGCUUAAAGGAAUUCUUCAUUGUUUUUUAACUGUAAUUUCUAUGUAUUUCCCUGAAAUAUCCCUAUAAUGGAAGCUGAAGCCCCUGUCCACAGACUUCUGUAAUAAGUAUGUUUGGAGUUUUCAGUUCUUUAAUUAAGUGUCAAAACUGUGUAGUAGCCAACCUUAUCAGCCAGCAGAUGGUUGGAAAAUAAUGGAGAUUUCCUUUAAGACCAUGGCACACUGAUUCAGCAUUACCCAACAAACACCAAUGUUCUGGUGUUGGCAGUUGCCCUUAUAAUUAACUGGAAAGCCAAAAAGCCAAAAAAGGAUGAGAGUUUUAGAGCUGUGUGAAUUGGGCUGAGUGCUCUUGAACACUGGCAGAGGGGGAAGCCAUUCUAGAACUGAGUGAAUGAAGGGAGAACCUUCUAGAGCAGUGAAAAUGGGGGAGAACAUUCUAGAACUGAGUGAAUGAAGGGAGAACCUUCUAAAGCAGUGAAAAUGGGGAGAGCGUUCUAGAACUGUGUGAAUGGGGACAGCAUUCUAGAGCAGUGCAUAUAGCAGGGAGCAUUGAAGAGCAGGGCAGGGCUUCCCAAAGUAUUGGCCUGUUGAAAACAAAACACCCUGGCCCCACCCCCCACCCAAUGAAAACAAAUGUGUUUUACUAUAUAUAUAUAUAUAUAUAUAUAUAUAUAUAUAUAUAAAACUCUUCACACUUUUAUUUACUUUUAAAAUAGAGUAAAGUGUUUUAGUGACAAAAUAAGGUCAAAUGUUAUACAAAACACAAUUUGGACCGACGAUCUGGACGAUUUGGGUUUGUAUAUUUGUCUACUGUUAAGGAAUUCACAGUAAUCACUCCUACCGAUAUUGCCAGAUAAUUGCUUAUUGGCAUCGGACAAAUGUUUAGAUUUGGCUAAUAUUUGAUAUUUGAUGACGUUUUUUGCAUUUCAGAAGAGCAGCAUUUGUGGUACUGGGCUAUUGUGCUAAAAUGUCUGCAUUUUAUUCAUUUUAAUGUAUUUGUAGAAUGCAGAAAUAAGGGUUGUACUUUUCUGUAGUGAGAAUCCUGGUAGAUUUAAUCAAAGUUUAAAAAAAAAUUUUUUUUUAAUGUUUUUGCAUUGUCAUCUGCAGAAAUGCACAAGAAAAAAUAUCAUAUUCACCUUGGCCAACAGUUCCAUCAGUGCAUCCUUAAUAUUUGGCUUUCUUGGCACUCGACCCACUACAAUCACUGUACUUUGCUCCCUGAACUGUGCUGUACUCCUGAGACAAAAAGUAUGGGCACCCUUGUCUUUAGAGGCUCCCAACAGUCACACAGGUGUGGCACGCCAACCCAACGUUUGUGUCUGUUGUGUUUGUUUUUUUUUUGGUGUGCUGUGGGCUUUAGUGUCUUAGUCUCUGCUGAUUGCAUUCUGUCAAUGAAUUUGCACUUUGAGACCAUGUAGUAUACAGUGUGCCAUACUGUACCUGGCAGAAGUAUUGGGACAGUAAUGUUAUUUUGCUGUAUAUUUAAGCCGUUAUCAUUGGAGAUGAAUAUGAAGCAGUGAUACAGAAUGCCAUCUCUUUUAUGUUUUUCAGCAUCCGUGGUUUAUUUUGGCACGGUAGCUUUUUUAAUGCUUGCUUUCCCCUACGUCCCCAUUUUAGAGGUGUGCCUGUAUUAGAUCUAAUUCUUUUUAAUUAAGUCACAAAACAUGAAUAUAAGUUAGUACUAGGUAUCAUAUUCCUCAUCCACAGUUUUCAUCCAAUAAAUUGUUUAUGGAAUUUAAUGACUAUCAUGAAUAUAUAAAAUUAUAAAGUUUUAUAAUGUGGACAAACAUUGAAUAUGUACCUUGACAAGUAUGUUUGUCAUGUGUUUGUGUGUCUUUUUUCACAUACAUUUAUACACUAUACCAAAAUUGUAUUGACAUCAUUGUAUUGUUUUAUUGCAUAUGAAUUAAAUUAUGGUCAAUACAAUAUUUUGCAGGCUUAACGAUUUUCUGUGUGCAUAAGCAUUUUUUAUUUGAAAUAAAACUAAAAGUUUGGGAUUA